AUGACUUUUGGCAAAUUUGAAGAGGAGCUAGAUAGGGAGAUUGAGAUGAUGCACGGCCAAGGAAGAGACCAGCACCAUGCUGGUUUCAACCAUAGAAGGAGAGGCCGAAACAAUAAUGAGCCAAGACUCCCUAUGCCGAAAAUGGACUUCCCUAAAUUCAAUGGGAAGAGGCCAAAACAAUGGAUCUACAAAGCCGAACAAUACUUCAUUUGCCAAGAGAUUGCAGAGCAAUACAAGAUUCGAUUGGCAAAGAUGUAUCUAGAAGAGGAAGCUAUGCAAUGGUAUUGCUUUUGGGAAGAGGACUAUCCGAAUGCUACUUGGGACUUCUUCAAGGAGGAACUCUUACUACGGUUUGGAGAAACUUCGUAUGUUAACCAUGAGAUAGAAUUAAGGAAUCUCAAACAAACUUCUACCGUCCAAGAUUACCAAAGUAAGUUUGAGAGAUUGUCUAGUAUGGUUAAAAAUCGACCUGAGGAAUCCAAGAUCACCCACUUCAUAGGGGGUUUUGAUGAGGAUAUCCAAAUCGAGAUGCUUAGAGAUCCUCCUACCGAGUUAAGGAGGUGUUUUGCGUUGGCAAAGACAAUUGAGGAGCAACUCAGACGAAGAGAGGCGAGAAAGAAGGCCUACAAACCGGGGUUUAUCUCUAAACCCAAGGCCAAUUUCGUGAAAUCAGCUUCACCCAAGUGGAAGUUUGAAAAUCGAUCAGCCUUUCGCAAUAACAAUCCCAUUAAAUAUAUUUCCCAUCAAGAAAGAGAGGAAAUGAAUAAGAAGAGACUUUGCUUCAACUGUGAAGAGAAGUGGCAUGCGGGUCAUAAGUGUAAGCAUUUUCAGUUGUAUGAGGUUAUGGAAAGUGAUGAGGAAUGCAAGGAAAAUGAUGAGAUAGACACCGAGAGCAUUGAGGUAGCCAAGGUGGAAGAUGAGACUGAGGAAAAAGAAGAGGGUUUGUGUCACGCCCUCACAAACAACGGGCCCAAUGCCAUGAAGGUUGUGGGUAAGAUCAAUAACCAAAAGGUGAUUGUUCUUCUUGAUACCGGAGCCACCCACAACUUCCUCAAUUCCAAGUUGGCUCAUCUCGUGGAGGGCAAGACUACUCUCCAAGCUUCUUUCAAUGUCAUGGUAGGAAAUGGAGAGAAGCUAUCUUGCAACGAAGUCUGCAAAAACGUCAACUUAGAAAUGCAUAAAGUUCCUUUCAAGGUAGAUCUAUACCUUCUCCCAAUUGGGGGUGUAGAUGUAGUGCUUGGGAUUCAAUGGAUGAAAACCUUUAGAAGAAUCUUGUGGGACUUGGAUGACAUGACUAUGACGUUUCCUAAGGAGGGUGGAGGGGAAGUGACCCUGGAGGCAAUCAAUCCUAGCAUGGACCCUAAGCCGGCCUUGAAGGCCCUCAUUACAAAUCAGUCAGCAUAUUGGCUAGUGUCCAUGGUGAAAGAUGUUGUGCCUUCCACUACCAAUGUUGAAGACAUUUCUCGGGACAUUCAGUGUGUGAUUGAUCGUCAGAAGGCAGAGAUAGAAAAGCUCGUGAAGGAGAUGCUCAAGAGUGGGGUCAUCCGACCCAGUAGUAGUCCGUUUUCAUCACAUGUUUUGUUAGUUAAGAAGAAUGAUGGCACAUGGAGGUUCUGUGUAGACUACCGGGCCCUCAAUGAGGUCACGGUAAAGGAUAAGCAUCCUAUACCAGUCAUAGAUGAGUUACUCGAUGAGUUGGCUGGUGCUUCUUACUUUUCGAAAAUAGACUUAAGAGCAGGCUACCACCAGAUUCGUAUGCAGAGGGAGGACAUUCAUAAGACAGCUUUUCGCACGCAUGAUGGCCAUUACAAAUUCCUCGUAAUGCCUUUUGGAUUAACUAAUGCACCUGUCACAUUUCAGAUGUGCAUGAAUGACCUCUUUAGAAGAUAUCUACGGGACUAUGUGCUAGUAUUUUUUGAUGAUAUACUUGUAUACAGUCCGACAUUGGAGAUGCAUGCGAAGCACUUAGACACUGUCCUUACCAUUUUGAGGGAUAACCAGCUUUAUGCUAAGAUGUCUAAGUGUACCUUUUGCCAGACCUCAGUGGGAUACUUGGGACACAUUGUCUCCAAGAAUAGAGUUAGAGUUGAGCCAGAGAAGUUGGUAGCGAUCAACAAUGGCCCUUACCCAAAAACCCAAAGGAGUUGCGUGGAUUUUUGGGACUUACCGGUUAUUACAGACGCUUCAUCAGUGGCUAUGGGUCAAUAG